AUGAAGAAUUCGGAGCUUCUCAAUCGCGCUUUUGAUCAAUACUUCGAGUAUGACGUUGGCAGUACGAACAUCCUAGAAACGGACAUUUUAGAUGAUGGGUCAAAUGAAAACCGGGUACUGACUCGCAGAGUCUCACAGAAAAGUAACAAGCUUCUGCUUGUAAAUUCGGUGGGCUUGAUCAUCGGAAUUGCUGUUGUCAUACUAUAUUACUUCAAUGGUCUGUUCCGAUCCUAUGAGCAUAUGCGGCAGAUCAACGCCAUCGAGGAGAAGUUUUCAAGGCUUGAGGCCCUCUCCCGUGAACUCGAUGAGCUUGAGAAGUCGAAUAGAGAGCUUGUUCAGGAUUCUUCAAAUUUUAAACACCCUGAUCUCAUGGUUGAAAGAGGCCGUCUUCAAGAAAACAUCAGUAAUGAACCACUGAACGAUAAUCCGGAUGACGUCUUGCCACGAAACGAUUAUAAGCAAAAGGAAAAAACUCUUACAUCUUUGAGUAUGGAGGGCGAUGCUCUCGAUGACUUCGUCUUACGCACCAUCUCUCGAUAUAUCACCAAGUUUGUUCCAGUGUUCAUGAAAGACCAUAAAAUUAGAUACACCACAGAGUUCCAUGAUUUUAUUCGCAAUAUUACUAAGGAAGAAUUAGCCAAUUAUCAACAGCUCGAAACCCAUAAAAAAGAAUUCAACUUCGAGGGUCAAACGGGCGCCGCAGUUUUUGGAGAACAGGAUAUACGCAACUUCAUACGGCAAGAGCUCGAACAACAAAGGCCACAAAAAAAGGCAGAUUUAUGUAACGAUCAAAUUGAGGUGAGUGACUUCAGCACAGAAUUGCUAAAUGAUGGUUCCAAGCAACCUCGUGAUAGCCACAAACAACCAAAUUUCGCGAGCUAUGAGCAAGGUGCUAGGGUAUUGGGAUUCCUCACAACUCAACAUGGGAAGCAGAAAGGCUUUCCUCUUUUACGUGCAAUUUUCUUGGGCUGGUACGAUUAUCUUACCUCUCAGGGACUUAAUUCACCUGACCGCUUGCGGUUCAAUGCAAACAAUGCUUUGUCACGACAAGCACCCUAUUGGCAGUGCAAGUCAAAUCUGUGUUCGAUAGGAAUUCGCUUGACAACUAACGUUGCGUUGAGAGAAAUCGUCUUGUCUGUUCCCUAUUCCGGCAGACCUGCUAAUCUUGACACGCCGAGAACAGUGUCAAUUUUCAUCAAACCAAGACAUCAAACACACGCAAAUCUUUUACGAUCCCUUCUUGCCAAUGAUCUGCCCUCCAAGGCAAAAAGUUCGGAAAUUACCCCGUUUUUGAAAAAGUUCGUCAAGGUCAUGGAAGCUGAACUAAAUCCUAGGGUUGAGCUCAACACCAUCGUUUUGCCGUCGAACCUAACGAAUCUCAAUAUUCCCCUGAGGGAUCUAUACAUCGAGCUUGAGUCUGUGGAUGAGCCUACUGGAGUCUUUGAGAUUAUAGCAAACGGCCAUGUGUUACCUGAGGAGUCCUCAAAAUCGAUUCCUUGGUCACUUCUGAGACUUGCUGAGGAGCAAUCUUUCUCAGCUACUGAGCUUGGUGACGACCUUUCUACUUAA